GGUGGCGGUCCGCUGGCAUUGACUCGCGGCGCCCCGGCAUCAAAUCAGGUCCUCCCCUCGGCCACGACUCCACCCCCCGACGGCGCUUGUCGUGUCCUUCUGAAGCACGGCGACAACGUCAGUGAUGCGGUUAUGCGACUACUAGCCGCCCUGUGCCUGCUGCUCGCCUGCGCCAUCCGCUACGCACUGGCCACGGUCAAAUGCUACUGCACCGAUGACCACUGCGUGCCCUACGGGGCCUGCGACGGCGCCGUCUGUUUGGUCGGGAUUCUGCGCGAGAACAAUCAGGUGAUCCGCACCUGUGGUUCCCGGCCCCUGGGAUGUCAUAGGGACGAAGACGACCGUUGGACCGAUUUGUGCGCUUGUGAUCAGCCGUUCUGCAAUACGUUCUCCUACCUUCGAUCGCAUACAAGUCAGCGUCGCGAAACCCACCCUCCCGACGAUGUUCCGCUGGUCUUUGAACGAGUGGACAGGCCCGACGAUGGUUUUCCACCCGAGCAAGGUCCAGUCACAGUCAGCUCUCUUCUUACUGUUCUUCUCGUUGUCGUGCCGCUCACUGUGGGAGCAGCUACCGUACUGGUGGUUGCAUUCAACUACUACUGUCAUUUGUGCUAG